ACUUAAAAAAAAAUUCUGUGAUCUCUGAGCUUUUGUGUGUUUCACUAACAACAAUAAUAACAAGUUAAUAUUUUGUCAUAACCGUUUUGUACAAAAACAGAAUUAAGUAUAAAAUAGUUUCGUAAUAAUAAUGUCCUUCGAUGCAACCGCGUUACCUACUGAACUUCUCGUUGCACCGCAACCACUCAUUGGUUUCUGUGGUUUGGAUGUAACACGAAAUAGUGUACAUAAAUCAAUUUGGGAUGCAUUCAGCACUAAUCGUAAAGCCGAUAGAGCUUCGGUCCAGUUCAAAGUGUUACCUGCUAACUAUGAUUUUCCAGUGGCAAAGCCAAAACGUGCUUCCUAUGAAUGGUAUCAUCCGAAAGGCAUACUCAAACGUAAUUGGAUGUUAAAACAUUUACACGUGCUGCCUUCAGUUGUGGUACUCUUUCAAGACAUAGAAUGGAAUGAUGCACAAUGGACAGAGAAGCAAGUACAAUGUGCCGCCACUAUACAGGGACUUAAAAAUUCAUUACAAGAACGUAAUACUCGACUUUGUUUGGUGCUAUUACAAAAGGCUGCGCCUCUACCUCCUGGUGAAGAUCUCUUAGCAUCCGAACGUGCUGCAAGCCUGACAACUGCAUGUGGCAUCAACAGUAAAAUGUUGUUUAUACUGCCGCAUACAGAACAUUUAUUAGGCUACACACUAAGACUUGAGUCUGCUUUCGUAGAUAUGGCUCAAGCAUACUAUACACUAAUGUCCAAACGUAUACGAACUCAUAGAGAUCAACUGACAGCAGCGCAUGUGACGCUUAAAAUUCGUCAUCAAUUCAAGCUAGGAUUUGUAGCAGAAAUGCGACAGGAUUUCAGCACUGCACUUAAGCAUUAUACUCAAUCAUAUGCGGGCCUCGAUGAAAUUCGAAUUACUGAUACAAAUUGUCUUGAAAUAAAAACGGUAGCUGGUUUCCUUAAUUAUAAAAUAUGUAGGCUGAUGUUUAAACUUAAAGUACCAAGAGAUGCAAUAAAUCAUUUUAUAAGUCAUAUAGAUAAAUAUAAAAAUCGUGUGGGUUUUAAGGAUUUAUUAUUCGAGCACUAUGCGUGGCUGAGUACACAGCAUAGUGUAUUUGCUGAUCUAUUUUGUGAAGCUGUGAAGAAUGGUUUACCAGCCUUACAAACACAGCAUCCUGGCAUAUACUUUCAAAAAGCAGCUGAAUAUAUAAUUAAGCGAAAGGAAGCCUUUUUUCAAAGUAGCGCAAUUCUACUUAGUCCUACGGAGCCAAUGAGUCCUACAACAUUACAAAACAAUAAUACAAUGAAUUUAUAUACAGAAUUUUUUGGAAUUCGCGCUGUCAAAACUGGCGAACCCGCUUCUGAACAACAAACUAUUAUGUUAAUACGUGAAAAUGAAAAAUUAUUUAAUCAUUCGAAUGCCAUUAUUAAUUUACUUGGUCAGGCAAUGGGACAAUUUAAAAUUUAUAAAUGUUUAAGGUUUCGUAAAAAACUUGCUAUUGAUAUGGCGGAGGAAUAUUUUAAAAGUGGUGAUCAUGCCAAAGCCUUGACACUCUACUCAUUAAUGUUACCUGAUUAUCGCUCAGAUAAAUGGUCAUCUAUAUUUUCGGAUGUUUUAAUAAAAACUCUUCGCUGUGCGUUAAUAACAGCAUCAAUUGCUGAUUAUGUAUUAUGUAGCAUUGAGGCUUUAUCUCUGAAGAUUCGUUCCGAACAAAAAGAACGAAUUGCGGUAUUAGAAAAUCUUUGGAAAGUUUUUCAGAGUGUGCCGCCAAUGCCUCAAUCACAAAUAGCACCAGAAGUAAGAGAUUUGUGGGAAAACACAUUUACAACUAUCAAAUCACCAAUACCUAUCGAUUUGGAUAAACUAACCGAAAUAUUUGAAAUGUGUACGACAUUUGAUGGUGCAGAAUUAAAAACCAAUGAAGAAGUCCGAGUACAUCUGAUAGUCAGACUACUCACAGAUGUACCAAUCAAAAUUCGAAGGUUUUCUGUACUACUCUCUGAUGGCACAAACAAUUUUAAAUUGCAAACAUCACAAUAUAGUACGUUUUCUCAACUUUCGGAUAUGCGUGAAUAUUUUAUAAAUAAAUCUACAACAAGUCCAAAAGUUUUACAAUUCGAAAACGAUCUAAAACUACAACCAAAUAUGUACUAUCAUUUUUUGUACACAACAGAAGCUCAACAAUUCUUAGAAAAUACGCAGUUACGUGUAACUCGUAUAGAAACUGAAAUGGGUACAGAUAAAAUAUUCGCUUUAUUGACCAAAAAUGCUGCAUUCACGAUCAAUGCAUUUCGAUAUCAUCGACGGACCAAAGACCUCGAUGACAAUAUUGUCAUUAAUCCAAUAUGUUAUAUUGCUCCUACAUUCCAUUUAGUCACGCAAACUAACCUUGACAAUAAAACGAUGUUAGUCAAUGAGUAUCAUUCCGUGAUCACAACUGUAAGCAAUCCGUUCAAUGUAUUUUUACAAAAUGUGGGUUUUAAUAUAAGUGUACCGAGUCAUUUACGAAAUAAAGUAUUUCUUACAACGGAUAUAUCAGCAAAUCGUCAAAAAUUACAUUCGCAGAUACAAAUCGAUAUCGGAGAACUGUCAAUGCAUAGCUCAAAUACAGCUAAUUUUUAUGUAUUCAGUCUAAUAGAAACAACAAUCACAUUACAACAAAAAAUGUGCUACACAUUAGAUGUUAUGCGACCGAAAGCAAUGCCAUCCAUUGCACUUGCCGAUAGCACAACACCAACAAGUACUGAUAAUUCCCCAGAGAAUGCGCGCAAUAUCACGAAUGACUUAGCGCCCGUAAAGGUUUUAUCUCCGGUGCAAAUUGAUAUAAUAAAUGAUAGAAGGUUGCGAAAGACACGAGAAGAUACUUUAACUAUACACUGUAAUCCAGAAUUUAAAUUUUCUGGUCGAUUUUAUACACUCAAUAGAAAACCAUUAACAAAAAUUUAUCGGGGUGAAAAUUUUUUGCUUCGUGCUAAUAUUGAAGUACAGACGGAACAGGAUGUUGAUAUAUUGGAAACCUACUUUAUUUGUGAUCAUAAUUUAGUGCAAUCAACUUAUAGUUUUAAAAGAAAAAAGUAUACCAAUACUUACCGAAAGGGUGAUAAAUUAGAGGAUGUUAUUGUGUUAAGAACUGAUGCUGUGUUAAGUGAUUGGAUAACAGCGAAGGAGUUUGAACGAAGGAAAAGUGAGCCACAACCAAAUAUUUUCAGCCAUAUGCGCAUAAGUCGAACAAAUGGUGCGGGCUUAAACAAAAUCGAAAAUAUGUCUAAUAGCAAUGCUCUUGGUAAAUUAAAUAUGAGUAAGAGUUUAUUAGGAAAAAUCUCCACAAACAUGACAAUAAUAAAUAAUACUGCCAGUUCAAAUGCAUUAAUGGUAGGAAGUCAAAACUCCAUCAUGAGUUCCUCAACUAUAUCUGAUGAAGGCAAGACACAAACAACAAAUGUAGAUUCGGAACAAUCACCAAAAUUACUGCAAUCACGUUUAAUUUAUAAUAAAGCAAUGGAUGCAAUACAAGCAACAGGACACUGUCGAGGUUUCAUCAAGGGUCUUGUUACUCUUGAGCAACAACAACUACAACAGUUGCAGCAGACGCAAAUCCAACAGCAGAAUGUGCCGAUUUUCGGCGUAUAUUGUAUUAAAUGGAAGCGUCAUGGCAGCAAGGAUGAAAAUGAAUCAAAAUUUGUUGUCAGUGGUUUUGAAGUACACGAUCCACCACUUAAUAUUUACUGUACAAUUGAAGAGAAAAUGUUUGUCAAAAUGCCAGUUACAUUCAAAAUUGUAUUAAAAAAUCCCACACCUAAAGUGAUACACCUGAUAGCGACAUUAAGCUUGAAUCAUGCUGAUUCAUUUAUAUGCUCCGGUCAUAAACAGCUUGAUAUCUCCAUAUUUGCGUUUGGUGAAAAGGAACUUGUAUAUAAUCUGUAUCCACUUCUUGUUGGAUGGCAAUAUCUUCCGGAAUUAACUUUAGAAUAUAAUACUCAAACGGAUCCUAGUAAAGAUGAGUCGCAAAAUAUUUUACUUAGUGAAUUGGUGCAACAUUCCAUGCCUAAAAAGGUGUUCAUAUUGCCCCCACUAAAGCAACAGAAUAAAUAAUUUAAUCUUCGCCACAAAUUAGUUGACGGAAGGCAAACUCAGCAAUAAGCCAAGAAGCAUUAUAUCCCAUAUUUGUAAAUUAUUAUUGUAUUUAGUGUAGCAAAUUUUAGUAAAUUGUUGCAAACUAACGAUAACACAACUAUAAACAUAAGUUUUAUAAAUUAUGUUUAGA